AUGUCAUGGCCUUCCUCGCACCAAGGUCAGUUUCCGAUAAGCGUCGUAGCGUCCAAGCACAUGCCCUCCUCGACCGCCGCUGCCACAACCACACCGACGACGUCGUCGUUGACGACGCUCGGCACCAAGCUCGGGAUCGACCUCGCGGCCGCCGGUAUUGCGUCCUUCUUCGUCGCGCCCUUUAUCACGACGGUCGACCGCGCCGUCAUUGAGAAUGCCGCCGGCGCCCGCCCGCUCAAGAAGGCCCUCGUCGAGAUCAGCAGGGACUUUGUCCGCAACCCGCUCCAGUUCAUUCGCCGAAAGGAGUUUCUUUUGAUUUACGGUGUCUACACGGCCACGUACCUCAGCGCGAACGCUGUCGAUUCGCUCUGCGAGACGGUCGAAGUCGACAGCAACAUGCCCAAGUUCUUGUCCACGACAGCCGUCAACAUGGGCGCGUGCAUCAUCAAGGACCGCGAGUUCACGCGUAUGUUUGGCGUCAUUGCGCCGACCAAGUUCCCGCUCAUGUCAAUGGGGCUCUUUGCGAUCCGCGAUUCGCUCACGGUUGGCGCGUCGUUCAUUGCGCCGCCGAUUCUGUCGGCCAAGUUCCAGGAGCUCGGCCAGACGCCGCGGACGUCAAAUACGCUCGCGCAGCUCACGUGCCCGAUGCUGGUGCAAUUUCUCUCAACGCCGCUCCACCUCCUCAGUCUCGACUUGUACAACAACAAGGGCGUCCCGAUGAACCAGCGCAUGUCAUUCAUCUCGCGCGAAUACAUCAAGUCGACGGGUGCCCGUGUUGCGCGUGUCGUCCCGGCCUUUGGGUUUGGCGGCAUUGGCAACAAGUACUUUCGGGACACGAUGCGAACCAAGUUGCUUUGA